ACUGAGGAGGGCCCUAAGCACGCACGGGAUCCUGCAGCCUUCCCGCCGCUGAGAGCGAAACACGUGACGUGUCUCGGCGCCAUGGUAACGCGGUCUCCCCGGUGACGCGGCCGGCUGGAGGAGGAGGAGAUGUCCUGUGACUGGCCAAGAGGAUGCGGCGGUACUGUAAUCAUCAUCAGCAUGAGCCAGACGCCGGAGACGGAGGAGAGCCGCAGUGUUAGGGACAAUCAGACAAGACAGCUUCAAGAAACUGUCAGUAAUGUGGAGAAACACUUUGGAGAGCUGUGCCAAAUCUAUGCUGGGUAUGUACGUAAGACCGCCAGACUGCGGGACAAAGCGGAUCUUCUAGUGACCGAGGUCAAGUCUUAUGCGGACACUGAGACUCCAAACUUAAAGCGUGGAUUGAAGAGUUUUGCUGAUGAAUUUGCCAAACUGCAGGAUUACCGUCAGGCAGAGGUUGAAAGACUUGAAGCCAAAGUUAUUGCACCUUUGAAAAACUAUGGGGCAAUUGUAAAACUUAAACGGGAGGAGCUUAAAGUGACCUUAAAUGCAAGGAACAAAGAAGCAAAGCAAAUGAUCCAACUAGAGAGAACUCGCCAGAGAAACCCAUCGGAUCGGCAAAUUAUUUCACAGGCGGAAACAGAACUACAGAGAGCAACAAUGGAUGCAGCAAGAAUAAGUCGCCACCUUGAGGAAGACAUAGAUAACUUUGAAAAACAGAAAAUAAAAGAUAUUAAAAAAAUAUUCAGUGAGUUUGUUAAAAUUGAAAUGUUAUUCCAUGGGAAGGCUCUAGAAGUGCUGACUGCUGCCUUUCAUCAUAUAGAAGAAAUUGAUGAAGAGGAAGAUCUGGAGACCUUCCGAAGUUCUCUCCAUCCACCCGAUUUCCAGUCACGUCUAGAUAUAGUCCGUGCCAAUUCAAGGACUGGGACAAGUAGCAGGAGGUCUGCUUCCUCAUCGCAAUAUGCAGGUAACCGGCACAAACCAAAAGAUGAUGAUGAUGAUGUCGAUGAUGAGGAUGAUGAGUCAACAGAUGAGGAUAACUAAGACUUGCUUUUCAGACCAGACUUCAUGAUGCAUACCUAACCUUCUGGGGUGUGGCUGGAUUUUUACAACAAUGUGCAAUGUAAGGUGUAUUGUAUUAUGCAGCCAUCUGCAACAUAAACAAGCAUUUUCUAUGA